GUGGCAGACUGGUAAUUGCCCCUGCCUAUGAGAGUUGGGUUAGGUGUUUGAGUAUGGUGCACGUGUUUCUCUUCUUCUUUUCGUAAGUAGAUGCCUCCAGUCUUCUAGUGGCGUGAUGGGCUUGCUUAUUGGACUUUCGGACGAAGGGGUCCGCGUGCGAGACGGAUCGCGUUGAUGAGGGAGGCGACUCGUCGACGAGGGAUAGGAUCGCCUUGGAUAAUGGGAUGUGGAGCGAAGCGGUCCCGGUCUUGCAUCCGCUCGGAGGUGGAGCGAGGCGGUCCCGGCCUUGGGCUCCUGGCAUGUUGGAGACGAGACGGCAGUUGGGCCGUGUUCGGUUCCUGCGUUGGAUCUUGGAACAAAUAGAUAAAGGGCGG